GACAGCCAAAGAUAUAAGCUGCGCCACACUGUCAAUAGAGCUAGAGCUCGGGCCGGCCGAGCUUAGUGGAUUGCUGAACUCUGCGUGGAUAGCACGUCUGAUCAUUAACUUUAGGCACCAAUCCACCCGAACCACCGUGCAUCAGAGUUGCAGCCGACCGACAACUGAACUGAAAAGAGUGUGUUGACGUGGAUCUGUUGACCAGACAUGUUGCGAGUAGCUGCUAAUCGCCUGCUGUCCACGGUGGGGCGUAGCGGUCAUUUGGCCCGAUGCUCNUCUUCCAGCGCAGCCCUUCCACAGCCGCAAACCAGCCCAGACAUCCACUUCAACAAGCUCUUCAUCAAUAAUGAGUGGUGUGAUGCCGUCAGUGGCAAAACCUUCCCAACUAUCAACCCUGCAACAGAGGAGAAGAUCUGUGAUGUUGCUGAGGCUGAUAAGGCUGACGUUGACAAGGCUGUUGAGGCAGCGUCUGCAGCCUUUGCUCUUGGGUCGCCAUGGCGAACAUGUAACGCUUCCCACCGCGGCUUUCUCCUGAACAAGCUGGCUGACCUGAUUGAGCGAGACAGAGUCUAUUUGGCAAGCUUAGAGACAUUCGACAAUGGAAAGCCUUACUCUGCUUCAUUCACUGCUGACUUGGACUUCACCAUCAAGUGCUACCGGUACUAUGCUGGAUGGGCUGACAAGAUUGAAGGAAAGACAAUACCCAUUGAGGGAGAUUUCCUCUGCUACACCCGACGAGAACCUGUUGGUGUCUGUGGACAGAUCAUUCCAUGGAAUUUCCCCCUGUUGAUGCAAGCUUGGAAGCUGGCUACUGCCCUGGCGGCAGGCAACACAUUGGUGAUGAAGGUGGCUGAGCAGACUCCCCUAACUGCCCUGUACAUUGCCGAAUUGACUAAGGAGGCUGGUUUCCCACCAGGCGUGAUCAACAUUCUGACAGGGUAUGGACCCUCUGCUGGGGCAGCCAUCGCUGGUCAUAUGGACGUGAACAAAGUAGCCUUCACCGGAUCAACAGAGAUUGGCCACUUAAUCCAGCAGGCAGCCGGCAAGUCCAACCUGAAGCGAGUGACUCUGGAGUUGGGCGGCAAGAGCCCCAAUAUCAUCAUGAGUGACUGUGAUCUUGAAGAUGCUGUUGAGCAGAGCCACUUUGGCCUGUUCUUCAACAUGGGUCAGUGCUGCACGGCCGGCUCUCGCACCUUCGUGGAAGACAGCAUCUACGACAAGUUUGUGGAAUGCUCUGUUGAGCGUACCAAGAAGCGGACCGUUGGAGACCCUUGGAACCCCAGCAAUGAGCAGGGACCUCAGGUUGAUGCAGAGCAGUUCUCAAAGAUUCUGGGACUGAUUGACAGUGGCAAGCAGGAGGGAGCCAAGCUUUUGACAGGUGGACAGCGUCAGGGCGACCGCGGCUACUUCAUCCAGCCCACCAUCUUUGGGGAAGUGAAGGAUGACAUGCGCAUUGCCAGGGAAGAGAUUUUUGGACCUGUGCAGCAGCUGUUGCGCUUCAAGAAGUUAGAUGAAGUCAUCGAGCGUGCCAACCGCACAAACUAUGGACUGGCCGCAGCUGUGUUCACCAAGAACAUUGAUAAGGCCCUUCAAGUGGCACACGGUGUCCGAGCAGGAACAUUCUGGGUCAACUGCUAUGACAUUUUUGACAUUGCUGCUCCGUUUGGAGGCUUCAAGAUGUCAGGCGUUGGUCGAGAGAAGGGAGAGGAGGCUCUGAAUGCCUACACAGAGACCAAAUCGGUGAUUGUGAAAAUCCCUCAGAAGAACUCGUAAGUCUUCAAGUAAUGCCAGCUUCGAAGAAGGGAUCACAAGAGAUGGUUGAUGAUGUCAUAAUUCAGAUGUAAAAACAAAUACCUUUGCUGCUGGUUUCAUUUUUUGGAAUACUUUUCAUCAUAACCGGUGACUGCUUGAGAAAGCACCCACCAGCCUCAACUGUUUGUCAUGACAUCUCUUGCAAUGAGGUUGCUGCUGUGAAGUUAAGGCUGUGCUGAAUAUUUUUCGAGUUGUUAAAUAGUUAGAAACUUUUAGUGGUCUGGCGCUCCAAAAUGAAGAAGAAGCUAAAUAGAAUGAGAAAAAAACAGCUGUUCGGUAUGCUUUUUUCCCAGUAGUAUCAUUUGCCGGAACCUUUUCUUCAUUAUUUCCUGCUAAUGGAACCCAUUUAUGAAAAAGAGGAUCAUCUACUGUGAUUAUAAUCUGCACUUUUAUUAUGUGCAUCGGUAUUUCAAAGGCUGUUCUUGCUUUAUUGCUCCAAAAUCCUCCAGCCAACAGGUACAUUAUGGAGUAUGUACAUGUGAAUGCACAAUGAAUGGACAGUCAAUAUGUUCAAUGUCUAAUUCUUUAUUCAGCACAGCCUUACUUUUUCAGAUUCUUUUUUCAACAUUACAUUAAGCUGGCAAUGUAACUUGCCAUCUUUAGACAGUGUAAUGUGUUGUUUCUGUGACAGUUUCUUUGUAUUUGGCAUUCUUUAUUUCAAUGAUCAUUUAGAUUGUAAUGUACAUGUACUUCUCUUCACUUCACCAACCUGCAUGUAUUAGAUGUGUAAUGAAUUACUCGGAAUGUGCUUGAAAUAACACAUUUCAGUGUUUACAGAGACACUUGAUUUUUGGCCUUGUUUUUUUUUUUUGGUGGGGGGUGGAUAUCAUUGUAAGAGAUGCAGCAGAACUAUAGUUUAAUACUUUUAAUGCAGUUUUAAUGAUAUGAAAGAUUUCACUGUUGCAAGCAAUUGAUAACAAGAACGAACUCCAGAAUCUUCAAUUUUCUGAUUCUGUGGCAUUUUAUAAUAUUAUAAGGUAGCAACAUGAGUAUGCAUGGUUGGAAUGACUUCGACAAACUCCAUUUGUGCAAAGUCAUGUUAACAUGUACUGAUCUAUCCUUAGAGAUGGGUUUUUUCUUGAAGUUUGCCAAGGGUCUUAAUACAGUAUCUUAUGUUAAAAAAAAUAAGUGUAUCAAAUCAGUUGUUUGAUUAAUCUGAAACACAUGUAGAUUUUUCUUAUGCCCUGCUGGAAGGGAGAUAAAUCUUAGUUUUGUAUUAAAUAAUACAGAAUGGAAUGCCAGAAAAUCACUGUGAGGAAUAUUUUUAGAGGAAUGUGAUGUUUCGUGAAUUGUAUGUGAUUUUUACUUCUGUCUAAAUUUGGUUUUAAUUUCCUGUACUUUUGUGCAUACUCGUAUACUCAAUAUCUGCAGUGAUGUUUUUCCCACAAGGGCACUGUGUAUGUUUAAAGAAGUUUAAAGUAAUUUCGACUAUGUUGCUUACAAGGGGAGGAGAUUGGGAACAUUUCCUAGAAGAAAAGUGAGGUACCUGAAUUCUUGACGUUCAAUAACAUUCUCAUUUAUAUCCUCUCGCUUCUGUUGUACCCUUGUCCCAAGUGAUUGAUAAUAUUUCACAGUAUUCUGUUUUUAGAGGAUUAGAUUCAGGUAUGUGGAACAUGUAUUCUCAUGGCUUGGUUAAUUGUAUUUAAUUGAGGACGAGUUUUCUUGGUUUGUUGGUGUUUGCUUUGAAAUAUAUUACCCGAGACUGAUUUCUGUUCGACCGAUCUUUGCAUAAUUAUGUGUUACUACCGGCGGAAAAUUAAAAACUGCUUUCAUGUGAACACUCUUUUGAAGCACAUUGAAACUUUGUGCUGUAAUAUUUUGUGGAGUGCUUGUUUCAUUAUGCGCACUGUACGUGGACCCUUUCCAGCAGCGAAUUCAUGUUAAGAGGUGGUUCCGAUGAGAGCUUAAACAUGUCUGAUUCAUUUUCUGCAAUAAAUGUAACAUCACAGCUAGUGCAGUGA